CAUUCAGUAUGCCAGAGUGAUGCGAAUUUAGACUCACGGCUAUUUAUUUAUUUUUUUACUGACGCAAUAUGAAAAAGAGGAACUGCGAUGACCUUACUGAGACUUGGAGAGGGUUUCAACAGUUUACCAAAUAUGGCCAGUGCGGGGCGUGGGAUACAAUGUGCUGUGAGCUAUUGAUGGAUGAGAGCAGGAGAUGCGCCUUCAAGUGGCCUACGCACGGUGUUCCAGGAACUUUAAGCUUAUAACAAAACAGCUCCCAACCUAGAAAUUGGAUGAAGCAGGCAAACUUCCUCUUCUGUUUACCUACCCUGCACAGGUCACAGCUUGAACAGCCAACCAAGGAUAUGUGACAAACAUUGACAGAGUGUGUGACAAGCAGCCAACACAAGGUCUCACAUUCAGUAUUAAAGACUCAUCUUAAUCCUCGCUGGACUACAGAAGCCACUUUCAUCUCCUGACUGAUUGUGAUAUCCCAUCAUGCCACUGAUCGUGUUUCCCACCUCCCAGCUGCUAUGGGUGCGUGUAGCUGCCCUGCUGUUCACCUGCGUGGCGUUCAGUGUCGCAGCACAUGGAGCCUCACUGCCCCACGGAGGCAUGGCUGACUGGUGCAUCUUCUGCUGGGCGUUCAGCUUCGCCUGCACCCUGCUGGUCCUGCUGGUGGAGCAGUGCGGCCUCCAGGCCCGAGCCCCAGUGUCUUGGUCCAAUUUCCCCAUCACUAUCGCCUGCUAUGCUGCCCUCCUCUGCCUCUCUGCCUCUGUCAUCUUCCCACUUUUUUUCCUUAAGGACCAGCGGUUCUAUGGCGAGGUUCGCGACUAUCGCAUUGCCUCCACCAUUUUCUCCUGCCUGGCAGCGGUAGCCUACAUGGGGGAGGUGACCCUGACAAAAGCGAGGCCAGGAGAGGUGGCAGGUUACAUGGCUACGGCACCAGGCCUGUUGAAGGUGUGCCAGACCUUUGUGGCCUGUGUUAUCUUCAUCCUGGUCAGCGACCCUGUGUCGUAUGACCACCACGCAGCGCUCAAGUGGUGCAUGGCCGUGUAUUGCAUCUGCUUCAUCCUCUCCAUGGCUGUGGUGGUGCUGUGUGUGGGCGAGUGCACCGGCUGUCUCCCCAUCCCCUUCUCCAAGUUCCUGUCAGCUUACGGGCUCCUGGCGGUUAUCAUGUACUUGACCGCUACCAUCAUCUGGCCCGUGUUCCAGUUUGACAAACAGUACCAGCGUAGAACCCAGGCAUCGUCAAAACUGAUCACUGUGGCGGUGCUCACUGCCCUCAACUUCCUGCUUUACCUCGCUGACCUGGCCUAUUCUGCCAGACUAGUGUUUGUCAGUGCCUGAGAAGAAAAGAGAUGAAGGAGGAAGACACAUUGAGUGAUGAAGAACAGAAAUAAAGAGGAUAAGAGCUUGAGUGGCUGAAUUUCUGACAAAAAAUACUGACUCUUUCCUUUUGGCGUCUAUCUGUAAAAUGCUGAAAAGAGAUGUCCUGUUAUCCUGUUGUGUAUGCCCAGAUAUCUGCAAUGCCAUUAUUUAACCUCUAAUGUGAAUUGACCUGUGCUUAAUGUGCAACACAAGUAUAACAUGAACAAUUUAAAUGUGGGAUUUUACAUUAUGGUGUGACAAAGUCAGCUUGCAGUGCUGUUAAAAUCAAAAUGAAGUCAACACACUGGAACAGCAGAAGAGAAGUUUUUAAUUGGGAAGAAAUGUAUUUACUGUAUCUGAGACACACAGCCACUCUGGUUGGUGAUGGGGAAGCCUCUCGUGGGCAUUCUCAUCACAACCUCAGAAAGAUUUGUUCAAUAUCCCUAUUUUUUUUUUGUUAAUAAGGUUUUGGAAAAAAAUACUUCAGCUGUCAUUUUGUCUUGAUAACAAAGUAUCAGUAUUGAAACGUUGGAAAGAAUGUAAUUUGAGUAAAUAAAGUUUCUUUUUUUUAGCAAAACCAAUAAUAAUUUCAUUUUAAAGCAUGUGAUGGAAUGCGGUAUGUGCGGUGAUUGUGGUUACACUAUGUGUUGAAGCUUUCGUACUGCAAUUAAAAAGACAAUUGCAACUUCA